UAUAAAAGAGGUGAUGUGUGGCAUUUUUAUCGCUAGUGUUGUAUGGUUCUUAUUAAUAAAUACGAAUGAUUUGCAUAAAGCCACCUGGAAGGGGGUUCCCCGAUAACGUCUGUUCUGGAAGAAAAAGGUAGUUCCGCUUUCGCCUACCAAGACGAGAAGAAUGCUUCGCCCAAUAAUCUUCUAUUUUCUGAUCCUUUGGCAACUAACCGCCAUAGCUGCGCUUUUCUGUAGCGACAACAACUGCAAAGACUGCCUUGAUUCAGUACUUAGUUGUAGAUGGUGCAAGAGAGAUGCUGAGUGUCAUAUGCCAAUGGCCGUUCUUGCAAACGACUGCAAGAGAUCGGAAAACAUAGUCGAAGAGUCUCAUUGUGAUGACAAAUUAUCUAGGUACGACCCAGAUUUAUCCAUGAAGAUGUUACUUCUAUCAGCUGCAGCAUAUGAUCCAGUUGAUCCUCAGGGAUGCCUGGACAAUUCCCUUCCAUCUGCCAUGCUCCAGCUUCGAAUUGUUGUUACAAGGCAAUGUGACAGCUCUGGAAACGAAUGCUCUGGCUAUGUUGCCGUUUCUCAUGCUCUGAAAGCUAUCGUUGUCGCUUUUCGUGGAUCUCUGCAUUCAGAUCAAGCAUUUAAGGUAUUUUUAGACACUAUAAUUGAACCGAAGGAAUCCUUUUUGGGUGGCGAAGUUCAGUACUACUGGAAAAGAGGAUUCGAGGAAUUAUGGUCGUGUAUGAAAAAAGACGUUAAAACUCUCGUUUCCGAUAACCCAUCGUAUAAAGUAUGGGUAACUGGACAUUCUCUUGGUGGCGCGAUGGCAUCACUGGCAAGUACCUGGCUCGUUUAUUACCAAAUUGUUUCUCGUAAGAAUCUCAUCUCAUACACGUUCGGAAUGCCUCGAGUUGGAAAUUACGAUUAUGCUUUGGAACAUGAUAAGCUUGUGAACAACAGCUGGCGCGUUGUCAAUUAUGAUGAUCCCGUUCCUCAUUUCCCAAUCUUGCUAUCCCCGACCGUCGUCAUCCUUAAUAAUCCUUACCAUCACGGAGUGGAAGCUUAUUACAAAGUGAAGGCUACCAGCCCAUAUUCACAGCACAAGGAAUGCCAUGAUAAACCAUACAACGAAGAUGCAUCAUGCAGUUUUACAACAGUGCCAUCUCUGCUCGACUUCGAAACACACAAAAUUUACUUCAGCAUUCCAGUUGGAACAUUCUGGAAGACAAAGUGUCUUAGCUCGACGCGAAAAAAGAGAGAAGCUACAGAAAAUUCUAAUAAAACUUCAUCAAAGGAGUUUCAGUUUAAAUAUGGCGUCUGCUCGAAGUACAGAUACACUAACCGCACAUAUGUUCAAGUGGCUAAAUCGUACCGCAGUACAGCUUCAAAGCUGAUUGGAAACCUUCAUUUCUUUUUGCUCCUCCUGACAUUUAUUUCCACCUAAAUACUAGUCACUAUUUUCUUCUUUUUGAAUGUGCUGUUUACUCUCAUAGGAGCUUUGUUGUUACUUGCCUUUUGCAGUUCAUAGAGCUAUAGAGCUUAGACUAUAAAGAUUGUAUGCUGCACUCUCAGCCAUCUACCAGUGGCAGUGUGCAUUGUAAUCCAUUAGACCUAUAAGGAUUGUAKGCUGCACUCUCAGCCAUCUAUCAGUGGCAGUGUGCAUUGUAAUCCAUUAGACCUAUAAAGAUUGUAUCCUGCACUCUCUCAGCCAUCUACCAGUAGMAGUGUGCAUUGUAAUCCAUUAGAACUAUAAAGAUUGUAUGCUGCACUCUGAGUCAUCUACCAGUGGCGCAGUGUGCAUUGUAAUCCAUUAGAACUAUAAAGAUUGCAUGCUGCACUCUCAGCCAUCCACCAGUGGUAGUGUGCAUUGUAAUCCAUUAGAACUAUARMGAUUGUACUCCGCACUCUCAGCCAUCUACCAGUGGCAGUGUGCGUUGUAAUCCAUUAGAACUAUAAAGAUUGUAUGCUGCACUCUCAGCCAUCUACCA